AUGGCACGCUGCUACGGCCUUCCCAAGGUACACAAGCCAGAAGUGCCCCUCCGCCCAAUCGUUUCUUUACGUGGCACACCAACUUUUGGCCUAUCAAAGUGGCUGUACCAACGACUUUGUUUCCUCGUCAAAGACUCAGAGUGGACAGUGAAGUCAGCUGAGGAGUUUUUGGCUCGCAUCCGACAUCGUAGAGUGGAGAUAGACGAGGUGAUGGUGUCCUUUGACGUGGUCUCACUGUUAACUUCUAUCCCGCCCGACCUGGCCAUCGACACUAUCGACGGACUUCUCCGAGAAAAAUACGACGAGACCGACCAACAGCUUAAACGAGUGCACAUCAUCGAGCUCCUAGAACUGUGUCUUAAGACUUUCUUCACAUUUAACGGCCAAGUGUACGAGCAAAAAAAGGGAACACCAAUGGGUUCACCUCUGUCCGGACUAAUUGCCGAAGCGGUUUUGCAGAGGCUGGAGCGUCUGGUAUUCAGCUCGUACCCUCCGAAGUUCUGGGCCAGAUAUGUCGACGACACAUUCGUCAUAAUAAAGAGGAGCGACGUGCAAGGUUUCAAGGCACUCUUGAAUUCGAUAUUUCCCGACAUACAGUUCACCAUGGAAGAAGAGGCCGACAAUCGCUUGCCCUUCCUAGACGUACAAGUUACAAAACUGGCAGACGGGAAUAUAAAGACGACGGUCUACCGUAAGGUGACUAACACUAUGCGCAUCCUCCACUUCAGAAGCAACCACCCCGUCGGUCACAAACGCAGUUGUGUCAGGACCCUUUUCCAACGCGCCCAAACACACUGCAGCGACGACGAUGACAGGAAGAAGGAGGUGAAGUACUUACGUGCUCUAUUUGAAGCCAACGGUUACCCGAAGUCGUUCAUACGCAAGUGUCUCAGGAAGUCCCACUCGGGGCGGUCGAACGAGGAGAAACCAAAGUUCUGGCUCUCGAUCCCCUAUGUGAAGAACGUUUCAGAGGCAACUUCAAGAAUUCUGAAACCUUUUGGAAUUGGUGUGGCCCAUAAAUCAGCAUCAACAAUCAGACAGCAAAUUAUGAGACCCAAAGACCCGCUCCCGGUGACAGAACAAUCAGCGGUGGUCUACAGCAUACCAUGCCAAGAUUGUGAUGCCAGGUAUGUUGGUGAAACGGGAAAACGCCUCGGCACAAGAUUGCACGAGCACCAGCUAGCAAUCAACCGCAAGGAUAAGCUGUCGUUGGUGUAUGGCCACACACUAGAGCGGAAUCACUGCUUUGCCUUCGAGAAAGCAAGUGUGAUCGGCCGAGCCAAUGAUAAAAUGGCCAGACUAAUGCUAGAAAGUUGGUCCUCGACUGGCACACUCAACCGGGCCAUAGACCUACAUCCAGCCUACCAGGCGCUCCGCGCAAGACUCGAGUCAGUCCAGGCAGGGCCGAUGGCAUGGAUGAGCAGAGCCACACGGGGUCGACCGCCGACGCUCGCGGAGAGAGGAGAAGGCGCUGACCGAAUGUCACGUGACCGGCGUGGCACACCGUCUCACGGACGUACUCGCGAGGCCGGAAACACCAAGCCUGAGAAACAAAGACCGAUCAGCCCGCCGUCUGACGAGGGGGAGGCGAACGAGCACGCCGACGCCGCGGCAACCACGUUAGGCGUGAGGGGGACACAAGCCAAGCCAGUCCACCAAUGGCUGAGAUCAGGGAGGCGACAAUCAGCCAACGGAGAGCAGGCUAGUCAACAAACGUGCGCUGUGCACGGUUAUAAUACGAGGCAGGCGGCAAGGCUUAACAGAUCAAGGCCAGCAGGAAACGUCAGCGCACGACUCUGA